AUGGAAAAUGGCAGCCAGAACAAUAGUGAAGAUUUGUCUUUUCUGCUAACAGGGUUUUCAGGCCUUCAAGAUGUACAACACUGGCUUUUUGUUCCUUUUUUCUUUAUGUUCUUGGUGGCAUUGUUUGGCAAUCUGACAGUUAUGUAUAUUGUCCUAACGGAGCAAAGCCUACAUAAACCGAUGUAUUGGUUUAUUUGUUUUUUGUCAGCUGUAGAUCUUAUUGCAUGUCUUAGUUUAAUGCCUAGUCUUUUACUGAUACUGUCAUCUGGGCCACAGGCUAUACAUUCCAGUACUUGUUUUUUACAAAUGUUUUGUGUUUCCUUUAUUGGGGCCAUGGAGUCAUCAGUGUUAUUACUGAUGGCUUAUGAUCGUUAUAUUGCUGUAUGUAAGCCCCUGAGUUACUCAUCAGUUGUAACAAAUGCAUUUAUAUUAAGAGGAAGCAUAAUUGUUACAAUUAGAAGUUUUUGCAUUGUGUUACCUAUGCCUGUACUGGCUGGGCAAUUACCUUAUUGCUCUAUGAGAAUUGUUCAUAGCAUUUAUUGUGAAUACCUUGCUAUCAUCAAUACAGCCUGUGUCCGUACCACCAUAAGCGACACUUUCCUUUACAUUGUACUCGCUGUUAUAGGAGUGCCUGAUGCAACCUUCAUUGGGCUGUCAUAUUACAAGAUCAUAAAGGCUACUUUAAAACUGAAGUCUAAAGAAGCUCAGCAAAAGACAUUUAGUACUUGCAGUUCUCACAUUUUUAUAAUUGUGUCAUUUUAUUUAUCAGGAUUACUAACAUUAUCAAUAUCUAUUUUUGAAAACAAAAUGCCACCAUAUAUGCGUGUCUUGUUUUCAGUAUUGUACAUUACAGUACCACCAACAUUAAAUCCCAUCAUAUACAGUAUAAAAAAUAAAGAA